UGGGAUCUGCCAAGCGCCUGAACGUGAACUACCAGGAUGCGGACGGGUUCUCGGCGCUGCACCACGCGGCCCUGGGCGGCAGCCUGGACCUCAUCUCACUGCUGCUGGAGGCACAAGCCACCGUUGACAUCAAGGACAGCAAUGGGAUGCGUCCCCUGCACUACGCGGCCUGGCAGGGGCGCGUGGAGCCGGUGCGGGUGCUGCUGCGUGCUGCUGCCUCCGUCAACAUGGCCUCACUGGAUGGGCAGAUCCCACUUCACCUCUCAGCACAGUAUGGCCACUACGAGGUGUCGGAGAUGCUGCUGCAGCACCAGUCCAACCCCUGCCUCAUCAACAAGGCGAAGAAAACCCCCCUGGACCUGGCCUGUGAGUUCGGGCGGCUGAAGGUGGCCCAGCUGCUGCUGAACAGCCAUCUGUGCGUCGCUCUCCUGGAGGGACAGUCCAAGGAUGCCACCGACCCCAACUACACCACCCCACUGCACCUGGCAGCCAAGAACGGACACAAGGAGAUCAUCAGGCAGCUGCUGAAGGCCGGGAUCGAGAUCAACAAGCAGACGAAGACGGGCACAGCCCUGCACGAAGCCGCGCUCUACGGCAAAACGGAGGUGGUGCGGUUGCUGCUGGAGGGCGGCGUCGACGUGAACAUCAGGAACACCUAUAACCAGACGGCGCUGGACAUCGUGAACCAGUUCACCACCUCACAUGCCAGCAAGGACAUCAAGCAGCUGCUGAGAGAGGCAUCAGGAAUCCUGAAGGUCCGAGCUUUGAAGGAUUUUUGGAACCUCCACGACCCGACUGCUCUCAACGUGCGGGCAGGAGAUGUCAUUACGGUCCUGGAGCAGCACUCGGAUGGGCGAUGGAAGGGGCACAUCCACGAUGUUCAGAAAGGCACUGAUCGGGUCGGGUAUUUCCCCCCCUCCAUCGCUGAAGUCAUCAGCAAGCGAACAGCAGGAGACCGGAACAGUGUGGGCAGCGAGGGCAGCAUCGGCAGCAUCCGCAGUGGCGGCAGCGGCCAGAGCACCGAGGGCACCAACGGGCAGAGCACCAGCAUCCUCAUCGAGAACGCCAGGCCGCUGCCCUCCGCCGGCGACGGGCCACAGAGCCACCAGACCCCAGGCAGCUGCCCCCCUGGAGACAGGGUCUUCUCCCACCAGUUCUUGCGGCCUGAGCAGCUCCUCGAGGGGAAGGACGCAGAAGCCAUUUACAACUGGCUGAGUGAGUUCCAGCUGGAGUCGUACACCGCCAACUUUCUCAAUGCUGGCUAUGACGUCCCCACCAUCAGCCGCAUGACCCCAGAGGAUCUGACAGCCAUCGGCGUGACCAAGCCAGGCCACAGGAAAAAGAUCUCCACUGAGAUUGGGCAGCUCAAUUGGCUGCCCAACUACAUCCCGGCUGACCUGAUGGAUUGGCUCAGUGCCAUCGGGUUGCCCCAGUACCACAAAAAGCUGGUGAACAAUGGCUACGACUCCAUCACCAUCGUGACAGACCUGACGUGGGAGGAUCUGCAAGAGAUUGGCAUCAACAAGCUGGGCCACCAGAAGAAGAUCAUGUUGGCCGUCAAGAAGCUCAGAGACCUCCAUAAAAGCCUCAACCAAGCAGAAGCAACUCUGGCAAGACGCAAAGUCCCUGGUGCCCUGGACAUUGUCACCAUCGAGUCGCUGGAGAACGGGGAGUGCCAGUCCCCACACACUCCCAAAAUGACGACCUUCCAGGACAGCGAGCUCAGCUAUGAGCUCCAGACGGCCAUGUCCAACAGCUGCCAUGAGACACUUGGUAUCAAGAGCAGCCAGGGGAUGUCCCGGAGCCAGGAAAGCAUCGGGGUGAGGUCCCGGGGCUCGGGGCACUCGCAGGACAACGUGCUGUCCCGUCCCAACAGCGGCGGGGGUAGCCCUCUGAAAGAGAGGAACCUGCCUGAGGGCACAGAGCAGUACACCCGGCCAGGAACUCAGAAAGGUGCCGGGACAACAGCGGUCACCCCCUGUACUCCUCCCCAGACCCCCAGCAAGGCCACGGCCCCGUACGUCUUCAU